GAGCGCUGGGCUGCGGGGCCCCGGGAGCUGGGAACCGGGGGCUGGGAGCGCCCCCGCGGCUCCGGGGCACCCCCAGGGCCCUGGCAGCAGCGACCCCGCGGGCAUGGAGCUGGACGAGGCUGCGGAGGAUGAAGCCCCGGAGCUGCAGGCUCUGCUGGGGCAGCUCGAGAGCCUGGACCCCAGCCUCUGCGACCCGCGGUGCUCCGAGCAGGGCCCGUGUGCUGACACCGGCCGUCCGGUGGGGAGCCGGGGCCGCCGGCAGUGCCAGGGCCGGUGCCUGCCAUGCCCUCUGCACGUGGCCACAGGCCGCGGCCUGGACCCCCGGCGCUGCUGCGCCCAGCACCGGCCCUGCUCCCGGCCCUGCCACGGGCUGCUGUUCGCCGAGGCCGAGCGGGAGGAUCUGCUGAGCCUCCUGUGCCACGAGGGAGGCCUGCCCGAGCCCGGCGCCGGGACCCCCUUGGCCUGCUCCGGUGUCCUGUGCGGGGCCGGCCUGGAGGUGCCGCAGGCUCGGGAGGAGGCGGCCGCCGUGGGGAGCCCGGAGGAAGGACCUUGUGGCAGCGGGUGCUGUGCAGAGGAGCAGGGCUCCAGCGGUGAGAGCCCUCGGGACUGCUCCCCAGAGCCAGCCUGGGUGUCCCUGCCACCCACCCCGGACACAGAGCAGCUGCCGCCGGGUGCUGUCACUAGCAGGGAACCUCCAUCCUCCCGCUUGGCCUUCAAAGAGGUUCCAGGCCCCUGUGAGCCGGAGGAUCUGCUGGACGGGGUGAUUUUUGGAGCCAAGUACCUGGGCUCCACGCAGCUGAUCUCGGAGCGGAACCCCCCGACCAGUGUCCGCAUGGCACAGGCCCAGGAGGCAGUGGACAGGAUCAAGGCCCCGGAGGGGGAGUCCCAGCCCAUGACGGAGGUGGAGCUGUUUGUCUCCACACAGAGGAUCAAGGUGCUCACGACUGACACGCAGGAGGCCAUGAUGGACCAUUCCCUGCAGACCAUCUCCUACAUCGCCGACAUCGGCUCCCUCGUGGUGCUCAUGGCACGACGGAAGGUGCCACGGCAGGUGCCGGGUGCGGGGGAGAAGCGGCUCUACACCAUGAUCUGCCACGUCUUCCACUCUGCCGAUGCCCAGGUCAUUGCUCAGGCCAUUGGACAGGCAUUUGGAGUUGCCUACCAGCGCUUCCUGGAGGCCAACAGCAUCAACCCGAGCGAGCUGAGCCCUCGCCAGUACAGCCAUGCCCUGGAGGAGCAGGAGCAAUACAAUGCAGAGCUGAGCCACUUCUCCCAGCAGGAGAACUGCAAGGAUGUCUGCAUCCGGAAGCAGAAGGGGGAGAUCCUGGGCAUUGCCAUCGUGGAGUCAGGCUGGGGCUCCAUACUGCCUACAGUGGUCAUUGCCAACCUGAUGCACGGGGGCCCUGCAGAGAGGUCGGGUGAGCUGAGCAUCGGGGACCGCCUCAUGUGCAUCAACGGGAUGAGCCUGGUGGGGCUGCCCCUCGCCACGUGCCAGAGCAUCAUCAGGGAGCUGAAACACCAGACAGAGGUGACACUGAACAUUGUGCACUGUCCCCCUGUCACCACAGCCAUCAUCCGGCGGCCUGACUCCAAGUACCAGCUAGGCUUCUGUGUUGAGAAUGGUGUGAUCUGCAGCCUGAUGCGCGGGGGCAUCGCAGAGAGAGGCGGCAUCUGCGUGGGGCACCGCAUCAUCGAGAUCAAUGGGCAGAGCGUGGUGGCAACACCACAUGAGAAGAUCAUCCAGAUCCUCACGCAGGCAGUCAGCGAGGUGAACUGGGGCUGGGGCUGUCCACAGAGCUGGCACCAGCACCCUCCAGCCUGGGCUUUGGCAUCCCCAGCUGAUGUGUGUGUUUCUGCCCAGAUCCACAUCAAGACGAUGCCGGCCUCCACCUACCGCCUGCUGACAGGGCAGGAGCAGCCCCUCUUCCUCUGAGCACCAGCCUGGCUGCUGCUGCACGUGCCUGGGGCUGCAAGGACAGGACAAGCUCUGCUUCCUGCCCCAGCACCCUCAGCAGAGCCCCAGGUCCCCGACAGAGUCUAAUCCUGCACCUCAGCUUUACUCAGGACACAGUGGGAGGUUCUGGGGGCUGAGCACUGUCAGUGCCAGUGGUGCCACAGUUUGGGCACUUCCUCCCCACCUCACAGUGCCUGUUCUGGCCCUUCACGGGGUCCCUCAACUUGGCCUGGUGCUGGCAGGAGAGGGGACCCUAUGUGAAAGGUGUCACCCAUGUGCUCACCACAGACAGUGCUUUACACUCACCAAUGGUGCCUUUCCCCAUGUGGGGCUGGUGCUAGAAGCACAACUGCAGGGCUCACCCAUGCGUGGGUGCACACUGGCACCCCAAGGGAGACCCAGCAGCACCCUUGGCACCCACUCCUUCCUGGCUUUGCCAAGAGCCUGGGGGAUGCAGCCAGUUGCACUGAGCUGGGAAACUACCUCUGCCUUUGCCUGGUGGUGCCUGCAGCCACUCUGAACUCAUGGCUGGAUCUCAGCCCUCAGUGUGAAGAAAGGGAACACAGGACACAGCAUUGCCCAGGCCCACAUCCUGCUGGGAGCCUGGGACCAUGAGCCCAGUGAUCAGCCCUGGUGCUGUGUUUUCACCCCACGGUUGAGGUGGUGCUGAACUGGCUGUGCCCAGGUUGAUGUUAAAAUAAACGUUGUAGGGAAGA